AUCCCGCUUCUACAACUACUCGCGGGCUGUGCAUGCUGGCUCUUGUAGUCUGUCUCCCCCGCUGGCUCCGGGAGGAGUCGUCCAGCGCAGGAUGUGAGCUCACAGCCGAGAUUGCAGAUGGGCAGGCGGCCACAGGCCAGGGGCGGCACAGGAGUCCUCCCGCCACUCGGCUGAGAGGAGAGACGCCCCCGCGGACGCACUGAGAGUAUGAGGCCCUGGCCUCUGCAGGCCACUCAUUUGUGACCACUUCCACCACGGCAGAGCCUUCCAAGCCUACCUCCUGCCGUGUGGUGAUCUACCUGCAGCGGAAGAUGUCAGGGGACACCUGUCUGUGCCCGGCUUCAGGGGCCAAGCCCAAGCUAAGCAGCUUCAAGGGAGGUGGGCUGGGCAACAAAUACGUGCAGCUCAAUGUAGGUGGCUCCCUGUACUACACCACCGUUCGGGCCCUCACCCGGCAUGACACCAUGCUCAAGGCUAUGUUCAGUGGGCGCAUGGAGGUGCUGACCGACAAAGAAGGCUGGAUUCUCAUAGACCGAUGUGGAAAGCACUUUGGCACCAUUUUGAAUUACCUCCGAGAUGACACUAUCACCCUCCCUCAAAACCGGCAAGAAAUCCAGGAAUUGAUGGCGGAAGCAAAAUAUUACCUUAUUCAAGGGCUGGUGAACAUGUGUCAGACUGCCCUCCAGGACAAGAAGGACUCCUACCAGCCUGUGUGCAACAUCCCCAUCAUCACAUCCUUGAGGGAGGAAGACAGACUCAUUGAAUCAUCCACCAAGCCCGUAGUAAAACUGCUGUACAAUAGAAGCAAUAACAAGUAUUCCUACACCAGCAACUCUGAUGACCACCUGCUGAAAAACAUUGAGCUGUUUGACAAGCUGUCCCUGCGCUUCAAUGGCCGCGUGCUCUUCAUCAAGGACGUCAUUGGCGAUGAGAUCUGCUGUUGGUCUUUCUAUGGCCAGGGUCGUAAGCUAGCAGAGGUGUGCUGCACUUCCAUCGUAUAUGCCACAGAGAAGAAGCAGACCAAGGUGGAAUUCCCAGAGGCCCGAAUCUAUGAGGAGACACUCAAUGUCCUACUCUAUGAGACCCCUCGAGUCCCUGACAACUCCUUGUUGGAGGCCACAAGCCGGAGCCGCAGCCAGGCUUCCCCCAGUGAAGAUGAGGAGACCUUUGAACUGCGGGACCGCGUGCGCCGCAUCCAUGUCAAGCGCUACAGCACUUACGAUGACCGGCAGCUGGGCCACCAGUCUGCCCAUCGUGACUGACAAGACCCUUAGGGAGUCAGGGCACAAGAAGCCCUAUCUGCUACCCUAUGGAGCCACACACUAUUGGCCACCCUGUGUUGCUGCUGCUGCUACCUAGGUGCCUAGUCUGGCUUGUAGAGGUGACAGGCCCUGCCUGGGAGGUCAGGGGGCCUGGCAAGGGAAGGAUCACAUACCCUUGUCCUGCCCUCCUCCCCCCAACACUUCAAAAUCCAUCUCCUUUCUUGCCAGACAGGAUGCUGCCUCUGCUCUGGGGUGAGCUGAUUUCCAGCCUCCUGCUAAGAACAUUCCCCUAGUCCCUUUGAUGAGCUCCCCUUUCCUCUGCUGAAGGGCUCCUUUGGCUGAGGCCCAUAGGUACAGCUUCAUGCUGGGGGAAAGGCGGCUUCUGGUGCUGUGGAGGCCUGGCUUUUAACAGAAAAUGGGGCUUCUUUUUUCCUGGCGUUUAAACACAGGUGUGACCUGUUUUGUUUUUUUAAAAUCUAGAUGUUGGGAUGGUAGUACAUGCCUUUAUGAGCACAGCUAUUUGAGAGGCUAUUUGAGGAUAGCAAGUUCAAAUUCAGCCUAGGAAACUUAGCAAGACCCUCUCUUCAACUUUUAAAAAGGGGGCUAGUGAUGAAGCUCAGUGAUAGAGUGCUUGCCUGGUAUUGGUGAGGCCUGGGUUCAAUCUCUAGUACUAUCCCCCCACCCCCAAUCUAGAAAAUGACUAAUUUUGAGUCUGAGAGACUAGGAGUAAGCAUUUGUUAUUCCAGCAGGGUGCCAGGACCCUGCCUAUGGAACCCCUACCCUCACCUCACUCCCUAGCUCUUCUCAAUGCUUUUAGGAUCUGUCUUUAAAGCACUCUGUACUGUUUGCCAUUUAGGAGACUCAUUCUGCCUUGACCCAGGGCUUUUUCUAACUCUAAUCCCCUCUUUUCCUGCAGAAUCUAAGGAAAGGGAUAAAGAAGCAAUGAUAACCAGGUGUGGGUAGCACAUGCUGUGCCAGAACUCAAAUGCUGAGGCAGAAGGAUCACAGGUUUGAGACUAGCCUAUGCUACAUAGUAAAUUCCAGGCCACCCUGGGCUACAUAGCGAGACCCUGUCUUUAAAAAAAUGAAACUCAACUGACAUGCUUUGGCUUUGCCUAGCUGGCUGAUCAACCCAAAGAAUACCAAGGGAAAGAUGCCCAAGUAAGGACCUGUGGUUUUAAUAGCAUCCCAUCGGAAAAGGCGUUUCACCCCCGCAUCAUGGAGUCACUCACUGAUUCCUUAGAUCUAAGAGGAUUACUUGUUUCGAGUCUCAUCUUUGGGUGCUUUCAGCUCUAAGACGUGAUGUCCUCACAGACUAUAAAACCAAAAGCUGUCAUGGGGACCACCCACACAAGCUGCAGCAGGAAGGCUGUGGAGCCACCAGCUAAGGACAGCAAACUCAGAGCCCCAUGCUGUCAGCAGCCCAUAUAGAGGUGGCCCAGACAGCCAUACCUCUGCCCACCCCAGACAGCAUGUCUUAGUUGGUGUUCUGGUUGUUGGUGUCGGUUCUGCCUGGUAAUAAAUCUUUGAAUACAGAGUAGCAGGGGCAACUUAAGCCUUUUGAAAGGCCCUUAUUUCUUUGGGCUUGACCAUGAAGGUACCAAGCAUUAGACUGGGUGUUGAGUUCCUCUUCUGAGUUUUGGUUUUCUUCUCCUUUGUUCAGCUUGGCCCUCCUAUUUGGAUUCUUUCCAGAGGAAUCCUGUCAUGGAGGGAGCCCAACAGCAGUGUCCUUAGACAGUCCCUCAGGGAGGAGCACAGGUUGUCAGCUUCAUCCCUCUUGACUACUCUUUAUGAUUGCCAAACAACUGCAUACAGCUCAUCCCUCAGAGCCUGUGGAUAGAUGCCAGGCCCAGGGUUGGGCACUCACAAGGACCUGACAUGAUGUAAUAGAGCAGGGAAAAUGGGAAAUGUGAUUUAGUAAUCAGGUGUUUUGUUCAUCACAGUCUUGAAUGUAUAACCAGCUCUGAGAGACUCAUGUUAGGCACCUUGGUGAUCAGCUACGAGUUCUUCCAGCUUCCACUCAAGUUAAGAUGACAAUCCAUUUCUUUGGCCAAAUUCAGGCUUUGGCUUUGAAGCUUUCCCACAGAGACUGGAAUGUUGCAGCCUGAGGCCACUGGCCUAUUUUCUCAGCUGUGUCCUCAAGAAGCCCUUUAAUAUUCAGAUUCCAAGUUCCAACCUGAGGUAUUUCCAGUUUGUUCGUUGAUGCCCACAUCCCUUUUAGCCUCUAGUUGGUGCUUUGACAUUUAGAUCCUCAGCUGUCUCAGUGAUGUCUAGUCUUUGGUCCUGAGAAAGCACAGUACAGCAGUAGUCCUGGGCUGAGGCAUCAUCAUCAUCUCUGACCAAAAACAUCUCCUUGGUCUUAGGGCAAACACUAACACUGAAUUCACUGAAGUGAUCUUAUCUUUUCUUGAACUUUGUGGCUUAGGGGUUUGUAGGAUUUCCCAGUCCCAUUCAUAAAGUAGUUCUCGGCAGGAUUAAUUUUUCAACUAUAAGCAGGAGGGGAAAACACAAAGUAUGGAUGAAGGUCCAACUGGAAGCUGUUAACAGCAGGUACCAGCAGUGGGUUUUGUUGAACUUGGUAUGUAUGUGACUAUGGUCUGCCUGAAGGGUGGCACAGGUCCUGGCAUGAAAGAAUGUUUUAUCACAUCACUGCAACCUUGGUUGCUCACCCUAAGUGAUGGGAACAAACGCUAAUUUCUAAUAAAAUUGUGUUAUGUUGCAA